CUAAAUUGCAUAAACGCCCCUGCAUUAACGGUAUUUCCCAAAUCAAAAUGUUAGUUUAAAAUCAAAUCGAAAAUAAACUUCAGCUUAAGCUUUCUGCUCAAAUCAAGCACACACACACUCUCUCUCUCUACCGAACUUUCUCUCUCUACAUGACCGCCCGUUCACGGCAGCUCGGCGGCUCGCCUUCCGAAACCCCCUCCCCGCCGGCCGACGCGCUCGACUCCGAUUUCGUCGUCAUCCUCGCGGCGCUCCUCUGCGCCCUAAUCUGCGUGCUCGGCCUCGUCGCCGUCGCGCGCUGCGCCUGGAUCCGGCGCCUCGCCGGGAGAUCGGCGCCGCCGUCGCAGCCGCGGCGGUCGGCGGCGAACAGAGGCGUGAAGAAGAAGGUGCUGAAGUCGCUGCCGAGGGCGACGUACGGCGAGGACGCGGAGCAGGCGGCGAAGCUGUCGGACUGCGCCAUUUGCCUGGCGGAGUUCGCCGCCGGCGAGGAGAUCCGCGUGCUGCCGCAGUGCGGCCACGGAUUCCACGUCGGAUGCAUCGACACGUGGCUCGGAUCGCACUCGUCGUGCCCGUCCUGCCGCCAGAUACUGGUGGCGGCGCGCUGCCGGAAAUGUGGCAAUUUGCCCGCGGCGGAGGGCGGCGGCGACGAGGAGAAUCGCGUGAAUAGGUUUUUGCCUUGAUUGAAUUUUUUUUUGAAAUCUCUCUCAGUCUCAGCUGCUUGAAAUUAGGGAAUAGGGAUUGCGAAAUGGAAGGAUUACGAAAGCAAUCGAUUUUUUUUUUUUUAUUUUGUAUAGAUUGAAAUUUGUGGUUUGAGUGGCAUUGUUUGGAAGCUCGCAAUCACAAAAUUUGGUAAGUUAGGUUUUUAGGAAGAUUUUAUUUUUAUGGAUAGUAUGAAGUUAUUUAUUCAAUGUUUUUGUAAUUUAUUAGCGGUGAAAAAUUAUAUUAUAUUUUUAAAUACUUA